AUGACCAUGAGUGCAAGUUCUGUGGCUGGGGAAUAUCUGUGUUUGUGGAUUUUUGUGGUAUCCACCAUUGAUUUUCAUUGGUCACAAGUCAUGAAUACAACAGAAUGCACUAGUCAGGGCCACAUGACUAUGGGUGUGUUCUUACUUAUAAACAUCAGUGGGAGCAUCACCUAUUUGCUACAGUUACCACAUAUGAUUGAAGGCUCUAUUGGCCAUUCCCGAUGUGAAAGUAAAUAUGCAGAGGAUGUGGAAUGUGUCGUGGAGGUGCAACGAAGGGUGCGCGGAUGGUUAGCCAGGAAAAGGGUUAGGAGACUAAAGCAGGAACGCCGGCAGCUUGAGAAGUCCACAAGUGAAUCCACUUCGGUGUCUCCGCAUCAGGUGGACUCGGCCAACAGCGUUAGUGAUAACUCCGUUUCUACUUCUUCCAGCCACAAGCGGUGGCGCGGCGCGGUGCCCAUGGCGGAGCUCUACUCCCGCCUGGAGGGCUGGCGGCGGCGGCAGGUGGCUCAGAUAACGGCCACGCUCACGGGGCAGGACAGGAGGCGGGCGCUGGUGGCUCUCCUCGACAAAGAGACGGAGUUGCUGAGGUCCUUGGAGGCUCAUCGCGCCGUCCGCUCGGCCAGGAGAAGGAACGCGGCCAUCGCACUCUUCCUUCAGGAGGUGUCCCGAGCGCAGGUGUGGAAGGUGGGAAGCCAUGCGGCCGGAGUGGAGGUUGAGACUCCGGAGACAGAGCCUGUGAGGACUCUGGCCUCCCUCGCCUCCGCCCUCCAGAAGGAUGCGUCGACGGAGGUCAGAGGUCAACAGUUCAACUCCGUCUUCAGCACCGUGGAGCGCUUCCGUCCCUCCCACGGCGACCCCGACGAGACUUCCCGGACGGCGCGAGAGCUGGGGGCGCUGGCGAGACGAGGCCUGCAUCUCCUGGCCAGGGGAACCACCGACUCCAGGCUCAGGGGACUUCGCAAGAGGCUUCACAGUCUCAUUAUCACUUAUCUUCAACAGGUUCAGACGAGAUCAUCAGUGCCAAUGCAACCCCGACUAGUAAGAGCUGCAGGUGGAAAACCACUUCUUGUUCCCACGACGAGCACAUAACAAGUGAAAGCCAUAACAGUAAAAUUGACAUGACAGUGAAAACCACACGACAGUAAAAUCCACACAACGAUGUAAUCAACAUGGUGAAAACCGUGAAAUCCCUAUGGCAGUGGAAUCACCUCAGUUUGAUUCAUGGAUAACGGCUGGGAUAAAACACAGCAUAUAUAUUUGCUGGAGAAAAGUUGCCCUGGUUGGUUAUAUUUUCCUUGCAGGACAAUAUCCCACAAGGCCUUACCUGUGGGAAUAUCUUUUUAUCUACAGAAAAUAUUUGCAAUCUGUUAAAAACCUCCUUUAAUUUCUGUUCAUAUCUUUUUAACAGAUGUAAUAAUGUUUAAAAAAAGGAGAUACUUAAGUUUCUAAUUGCUUAUGAAGAAUGCAUUUAGACAAUGGUUUUAAAUAAUUCACUUCAUUAUAUUCUCAUCUCUAAUCACGUUAUAAGAUAUAGGAUCAUAUUCUGAAACUUACCAUAUUCAUAAGCAUUCCAUGAUAUAAUGUUCUUAGAUUUCCAUUGUAUUUUAUCAUCUGAUAUUCACCCAUCUGUAGUGCCAAUGUAUGUCAUGGGUUUUACUACUGAUAUGCAAUUCAUAUGAAAUGGGAAUUGCUUACGUUUUGACUUGUACUCUUUACAGCAAAAGCACAACAAAAUCACAACUUUAUAUCCUCCAAGCGUCUUUCUAAUAAAGAGGAGAAAACAAUCAUUACCGUUUUUACUACGGUAUGGUAAUGGGUUCAACAAUUAACAAUAAAAAGGAGACAGGCUAAUCACAAUAGCAAGACAAUAUCAAAUCUAAGUCUCCCAGUAACAUUUACAUAUUCCUCAGGUGGUUUGGUGCAAGUUUACCCCACAGAAUACCUAUCCAUAAUGCUAAGUGAAAGAGAUGGGUAGGCAUCAGCACAAACUGUACUUAGGAGUUAUGCUUGCGAUAUAAUCACUAAAAUUUCUCCUUAAGAGUACAAAAGAAAAGCAGGAAAUGUUUGCCAAUACUUCAUUGCAUGUCUACAGCAGUACUAUUUUUAUAAUUAUGAAGAUGAUAAGCUCCAUAGUAUUAUAAGGACUAUUUUUAUUAGCUAAUAUUAAUAAUACAGACUUUUCUUCUUUGUGAGCAUUAUUAUGCUUCUUAGAACUACACCAUAUGCAUAUAAAAUAUGUAAAACCUGUUCUUGUUAUUUCAUUAUCAACUUUCUACAAUUGCCAUUAUCAGAAUUUAAGAUGCACGAGAUUUUUUCCUACUGAUCACGUUAUAUAGACCACAUACCGAAAAUGACUGGAAAAGUAUAUUAAUGGGAAGUUAAUGGUCAAUGGUUAAAAAGCAAAAUAAAUGUGGUAGAC